AUGAAUCACCUGAGGAAGGGCACGAGUUGGCGUAGAAAUGCCGAGACGUCGUUCACGUCUUCGGAAACGUCACUCUCCGAAGACACCGAGCAGAUCCUGUCCUGGUGGCAACGGUUCGUGCAGCGACCAGAUCAGCCGGAUCGCCGAGACUCUGCGAUUGAGAAGGAUCGCCAGGUUGCGUACGGUUCUGCUCCGCUCGCCGCGUCUCCCAGAGAAGCCGCGCUUCGCCGCCCAUCGCCCUUACCUUACGCGGCACGGCCAUUCCCGGUAAAGGACUCCUCUUCAUCAGGGUGCACGGAGGAGGACACCGACGCGUCCCAGGUGUCCCUGACUACAAGCCUGUGCUACGCUGUGCUCGUGCUCACCACGGCAUUGCUGGCGCUAUCCACAGCGGUAGUGCUGGUCCGGCUGGUACCCCGCACCAGCGAAAUCGCGUCGUCACACAAUGCAGCCCAAGGAUCCAGAGACCACAGCGGUGUCCCACGCUCUGCAAUGGCACCACCACCGACAGCGAAGACGACGGUCCAUGCUACUGCGCCCCGUGCACGUGGCGAAGGCUUGUUGCAUGCCGUGGGCUCCGCAACAGAAGAGAGAAAAGAACAAGCUGCAACCACCAGGAUAAGCGUGGUCCACGAAAAUUCGGAAAAUAAUACGGCGCAGCACCUUCGAGGGUUUACGAAAAACAUGAUCACAACAGUGUCUCCAGGUGGAGAAGGCUCAGAUCAGAGCAACCACCACCACCUGUGCGACAUUGUGUUCUACACGCACUGCCCGAGGACCGCUCGCGAGUUCUACUUCAACGGAGUGACAAACUCAUGCAUGAGAGCGACCACGUCCUACGGUGCGGAGGUGUGCAAUCGCAGCCCCAACAGGUUCGCCUCCAGGGCGAGCUGCGAAAAAAGCUGCGUGCACGUCAGCCGCCCCUCGGGAAGAUGCCUAGACAGGCCCGUCUUUUCGCAAUGCAGGAGCGCUGACCUCAAGAGGAGCCUGUGGUUCUUUGAGGGCGAAACGUGCCGACCGUGGGACUUCCCCUCGGGGAGGUGUCCCAUGUCUGAUGGUGACCUCUUCGGCAGUCGACAAGCAUGCAUCGACAAGUGCCUUAAGAACGAGAUGUACCUGCCGCUGUGCCGAACACCGCCGUCGGGAAACUGCGGCAGUCACCACCUUAAGUUUCCGUACUUCGCGGUCAAGCCACGCGGCUCGCUCAAGAUGCGGUGUCUCAAGACGUCGGCACUGGGCCUGCAGAAACGACUCUGCCUCACCGGGACUAACCGAUUUUCCACACUCGGAUCCUGUAAGAGGACCUGUGGCCACGACGGGGCUUGGAGGCGUCGAAGUUGACUCCGGCUGACCCGCCGUCGUCCUA